UUCCAAUAUGGUGGACGCAAAACCGAUGUCUGCGGCUGUUUUAACAGUCAGUGAUAGCUGUUCUAGAGGCUCUGCUGUCGACAAAAGUGGGCCAAACUUGAAGAAAUUGCUGUUAGGAAAUACGAGUCUUGCAGUGAAUCAUGUCUUUGAAAAAUGUGUUCCAGACGAUGUAGAGCAAAUAAAGUCAGCAUUGUUAAAAUGGACUGAUGUUGAUCACGUGAAUUUAAUCCUUACCACGGGAGGAACAGGUUUUUCACCACGAGAUGUCACCCCCGAGGCGACCAAGUGUGUCAUCACUCGUGAAGCACCCGGGCUUGUGUUGCAAAUGAUCAGCAAAUCUCUAGAAGUUACACCAAUGGCGAUGUUAUCUAGGCCAGUCUGUGGUAUCAGAAGUGAAACACUCAUAAUCAACUUGCCAGGAAGUUUCAAAGGAUCUCAGGAGUGUUUUAACUUCAUCGCUCCAGCAUUGCCUCAUGCGCUGGAUGUGCUCUGCGAAAGACAAACUAAUGUUCAACACGUCCAUAAAACACUGCAAAAUAUCGCUGCCAACACUGCGGACAAAAAUGUUCAAAGUCAAUGCAUCCAUGUCUGUCCUCAUAAAGACCAAUCCACAAAACAAAGAUAUAAUCUGUCAAAAGUUGCUGAACGAGACCGUCAGUCGAGGUAUCCUUUGAUGCCGAUGGACAAGGCUGUUGAGACGGUCUUAAAUCACGUAUCAGUCUGCAAGCCUCUGGAAGCAAACGGCGGUAUUCAAGAUGUUCUUGGUUUUAUUUUGGCCAAAGAUAUCAACGCCAAAGAACCUUAUCCACCUUUCGCGGCGUCAGUGAAAGAUGGUUACGCCGUUCUCGUCUCUGAUGGCAUUGGUAUUCGUAAAGUCCUGUGUCCAGUGACGGCUGGUGAUAUGCCGCAGAUAUCUGUGAGUCCAGGUUUUGUAAUGCGGAUAACGACAGGGGCACCUGUUCCUCAGGGUAGUGACGCCGUGGUCCAGGUUGAGGAUACAAGAUUGAUUAAAAGCCAGGAUGAGGGUGAAAUAGAAGUUGAGAUUGAAAUACUAAAGAAACCAAGUGUAGGCCAAGAUAUUAGGCCAGUGGGAUUUGACAUUGGUAAAGGAGAGAAAAUCUUAUCCAAAGGAGAUUUACUGGGCCCAGCUGAAAUGGGGCUGCUGGCAACAGCUGGAAUACAGGAACUUUCAGUUUACAAGAAACCAACGGUCGCCAUUCUUUCAACUGGCAACGAGAUAGUGGAGCCGGGAACAGUUGAUGGGAAAAUUGGGCAAAUAAGAGACUGCAAUAGGACAACAUUGAUCGGAGCUUGUAAACAACAUGGCUUUCCUGUUCGUGAUUUGGGGAUAUCGAGAGAUACUGUUGAAGACUUAAAGAAAAAGUUGAUGGAAGGUCUUGAUCAUGCUGAUGUUAUCAUAACAUCUGGUGGAGUCUCCAUGGGUGAAAAGGACCUGCUGAAACCGAUCUUACAGGAUGAGCUGAACGCAACCAUACAUUUUGGACGAGUUUUUAUGAAGCCUGGGAAACCCACGACCUUUGCAACGUUAAAACAUAACGGCCAGAAUAAGCUGUUCUUUGCUUUACCAGGCAACCCAGUAUCAGCCCUUGUUACAUUCUAUCUUUUUGUUUAUCCUGCGUUGAGAAAAAUGUCUGGAUUUCAAAAUGGAAAUCUACGGAGAAUAAAAGCCAAGCUCUCCACAGAUGUCAACCUGGACCCUCGACCUGAGUAUCAUCGCGUAUCGUUGUCAUGGCAAAACGAUGAUCCAAUCCCGCUGGCCACAAGUACUGGCAGUCAAUGCAGCAGUCGAUUACUGAGCAUGCGUACAGCCAACGCUUUGCUGGAGUUACCACCAAGGACGGAAAGUCAAAGCAUGUUACAAAAGAAUAGUAUCGUUAAUGCACUCAUCAUUGGAAACCUAUAACAAAAAUAUUUAGAAAUAAUUUGAAUGAAAACAGUUAUAUAGAUAAAUGGUGCGUGAAAACAAUUCGUUUGAUAAAUUGAAUCGAAAUGCAUACCGUGCAAGGAGAGUGGUUAACGACCAUGCAAGGAAAGUGGU